UCAACAAAACUUCUUAAGCUUCUGUCGUGCGAUAAACACUCUUCCAGGCUCUGAGAGUACAGAACAAAACAGACCUCCUUGUCUGUAAAAACCCCACAUUCUUGUGUCCCUUCAGCCUCCUUUCUCCUCCUGCCUCAGAGCCUGACACUUGCUGUUCCCCUUACCCAGGGCUUCUUUCCACAUCUCUACCAAACUGGCUCCUCAUUGGUCAGGUCACUGUCAGCUUUUUAGAGAAGCCUUCCCUGAUCCCAGGAUUCUUUUCUCUACUCACUCAAAAGCACACUCACUCCUCUGUUCUGUUUCUGUUCUUGUCCGUAUCAGAACCUGAAAGUAUUCUGUUUCAUUUGUUGAUGGGUUGGUCCUCUGUCUCCCCCUUUGCUAUGACCUCAUUAAGGGCCUGCUGGUCUUUGUCUCCUUGGCUCACUGCUUUGUACAGCCCCUGGCACCUCUGAGACUGUUGGGCCCUCAGUAAGUAUUUGUGUCCAGUUGUCCCCAGCACCGGGGGUUGUUUUGAUUACUGGUGCCCUUCUCUUGGUGCUGAGAUACUACAGCUGUAGAGAAAAUGGUAGGAAACCUUUUCAGGGAUGUAUGUUUAUGUAACCAGAUGGCUUUCCAUUGGGUAUACUGGUUUACAUGACCUUUUGAGCUCUUUUUCCCUGAGAGUUAGUAGAGGGUUAGGGUUUGGCUCCUCCUUGUGUUGGUAGAAGCUCUGUGGUUCCAAACUCGGGUCCCAUUUCACCUUCUCCACGUGCUUGGUCCUCCAUCAGGGCAAGGACUGGAGAUUACAGAGGGGGUCCCCGAGAGACGAUAUUUGCUGGGGCCCUUCCCUGUCUGGUGGGCUGAGAGAGGCCCCGCUGCUCCGCAGGUGGUACAGCUGAAGGCCGUAUUCCCUCAUGGCGCUGGCUUCGUGCUGGCCUUCGAGUUCAUGCUGUCAGAUCUGGCUGAGGUGGUGCGCCAUGCCCAGAGGCCUCUGGCCCAGGCCCAGGUCAAGAGCUACCUCCAGAUGCUGCUCAAGGGUGUUGCCUUCUGCCACGCCAACAACAUCGUGCAUCGGGACCUGAAACCAGCUAACCUACUCAUCAGCACCUCGGGUCAGCUCAAGAUAGCAGACUUUGGCCUGGCCCGGGUCUUUUCCCCAGAUGGCAGCCGUCUCUACACGCACCAGGUGGCUACCAGGUGGUACCGAGCCCCUGAGCUCCUGUAUGGCGCCCGCCAGUAUGACCAGGGCGUUGACCUAUGGGCCGUAGGCUGCAUCAUGGGGGAGCUGUUGAAUGGGUCCCCCCUGUUCCCGGGGGAGAACGACAUCGAACAGCUUUGCUGUGUGCUUCGCAUCUUGGGCACCCCAAGCCCUCAAGUCUGGCCGGAGAUCACUGAGCUGCCCGACUACAAUAAGAUCUCCUUUAAGGAGCAGGCGCCUGUGCCCCUGGAGGAGGUGCUGCCCGACGCCUCCCCUCAGGCUGUGGACCUGCUGGGACAGUUCCUCCUCUACCCUCCUCACCAGCGCAUCGCAGCUUCCCAGGCCCUCCUUCACCAGUACUUCUUCACGGCUCCACUGCCUGCCCACCCCUCGGAGCUGCCGAUUCCCCAGCGCCCAGGGGGCCCUGCCCCCAAGGCCCACCCAGGGCCCCCGCAUGUCCAUGAUUUCCACGUGGACCGGCCUCUCGAGGAGUCGCUGCUGGACCCGGAGCUGAUUCGGCCCUUUAUCCCAGAGGGGUGAGACACUGGCCCGGCCCCGCCUGCCUGCCCCCAGGACUACCCUGGUCCUCGACCUGCCAGGGCCCUCUCCCUUCCCUCUGCUCCCAUGGGUCCUUCUCAUUAACCUCUCUGCGAGGGCUGGUCUCAAGGAGGCAGAGGCACUGCUCCCAGCCAGGGAGAUGAGGACAUCCAGCCCAGCAGAGAAGGAGACCCGCGCUGUGAACAUCUGCACUAAUUUAUUCAUCGGAAACAGUGAGCGCUGCUGCUAGCCAGGGACUGACGGGCACCCAGACACUGCCCGACAGCAUAGCAGUGCCUUCCUUUGUUCUGGCUCUCAAGGUGCGACCUUCCGGUUCAAGGACACAGGCGUGUCUUUUAGAGCCAUGGGGGAUGAAGGGCAGAGUGUCAAAUAUUCUCACUUUGGAAACACAAGUGUGUGUGGGGGGGAGUUUGUGCUAGUCUUCAGAGACAUUAAAGAGGCAUUUGAGAUUUGUUAUAGAAAAUACAAGUGCCUCCACCUGUGUGUGCCCUUCACCAUUUCCUAUCCAAGGAAACGGCCGAGGCCAGGUCUUCUCCUGGCCCUCAUUUCUCUGUGGGCCAUGGGGGAAGUGGCUCCAUUCACAGAUGUCCUCAGAGGUGUGCAUUUCUGCUGCCCUUCAGCCCUCACAGUAUGUUGCAGGAGCCCCCUGCCCUCCACGGGAAGUGAAGAGUCAUUGCCAGGUGCUGCAGCCCUAUCUUGCCUUCAUCAACCCCCUUAGGGACCUGGUGGAGAAGGAGGGAGAGGCCGCGAAGGGGAGGGGAAGGAGGAGGGUGAGGAGUCUGAGGCGUGAAGAGGAGGUGGUUCUGAGGGCAGAGGGGGUGGAGGAGGCUCUGAUGGGAAGAAAUAAAAGAGUAAGUCCAUCGCAAAGGGAGUAGUGGUCGGGACAUGGGCGCCGGGAAAACAUGAUGAGAGAAUGAUUGAGGAUGAAGGCUGAGAGGAGAUGUGUAUAUCCUAACAUGUCCCCCUUCCUUCUCCACUCACAUCCAGUCCAUCUGUCUGCCCUGCGCCAGCCCCCAUCCAGCCUCUGUGAUCUCUGCCUGUCUGUCCUCCCUGCUUCUGCUCUGCUCUCCCACCCUGGUCUCUGGUUUGCCGACUCCAGGGCACACAGCUGCUGCCCUCUCCCGACCCAGAGCCUUGUGCAUUGCCUCUUCCUUCUCCCAGCGUGCCUUUCCCUCAGGCCUUUGGCAGCCCCUUGUCACUUAGGUCCCAGCCCAGUGACACCAGCUCAGGGAGCAUCUGCCUCCUCCUUGUCCCCCCUUGGCCUUCUCUUGUGGCCUGGCUUGAGUUUUUUCAUGGGCCAAUUAGUUCCCUGACUAUUUUGUAUUUUGUGAUGGAAUGUAAGCUCCGGUGGGGCUGAGACUGUGUCUGUUCUGUCCUGACUUUAAUCUGCAGAGUCUCAGUUGGUGCCUGGCACAAGCACACACCCCAGGAAACUAAGUAAACAAGCCAUUAGAGGCGGAAGAUGGACUAAAAUAAUAAUUACUAUAAUAAUAUACCCAUCAAAUGCUCAGGAAUGAUUAUGGUUUGCAAACUUUCUUGGGUAUGGUAGGAUCAUGUUGGAAGCAAUGUAGUUAUUUUAGGUUGUUUGUUUUUCUUA